AUGAAUUUUCUACAACUAUCAGCAAUAUUGUUAUCAGCAGUCCCCUCUCUCCAGUUUGUCCCCGUCUAUAACAAUCCCCUCCAGUUCAUGGAGCCGGUCCAGUUCAUAGACCUAGAGCAGAAUCAGUACGUAGAAGUAGAUCCUGCCCAGCUCCUGAACAUAGACCCAAACUCUUUCCAGCUCAUAGAUACUUCAGCAAUGCCUCCCCACGAGCCAGAGUAUCAGCAAAUGCCCCAGAUCCAGCAAAUGCCCCAGAUACAGCAGAUUCACUUCGUAGAUCAGCCAGUCCAAAUCAUAUCCCCCGAAUACCCGCAGGUAUACAUCGAAGAGCAGCCGGCAGAAACUAUCAGGAGAGUCCUCACGGAGGCAGCCUUUGACUCAGACCCGAAUGCUCUGAAUGACCUCCUCAGCGAAACAGUCCGUAUCCAGGAAUCAGAAAAGAAGAAAACGCUCUCCAGAAGGGGCGGAAAAUACACCGGACACUUCUCCCUCACCUUCGACGGAGGACCCUCAGAGAAUACCCCCAGACUCCUCAGAGCCCUGAAGAAGCACAGAAUCAGCUGCGGAUUCUACAUCGACCCAUUCGCAGUGGACUCAGAGAACACGGAAAUAGUCACCCAGAUCCUGAAACACGGACACACGAUAGGACUGUCAGUCCAGAGCAAAAAGUCCCUCACAGAAGUCCCAGCAGCAGAGGCCAGGGACAUCGUGCAGAAGGCCUUUGACCAAUACAGGAAAGUCAUCGGAAGUGCCCCAGACUCGGUUCGACUCCCGAGGCAGGGAUACUACUCAGACGACAUGCAGUUCUGCAUAGACCUCGGGAUGACCGUCUGCGAGCCAAACUACGACACGUGCGACUACGCAGACCCGAACUUCCUGCAGACGAUGGAGAAACUGCUCCCGGAAAGACACAGUCCAGUCGAGGGAGAUGGGCUUGUGCUCGUGCUCAGGGAUAGAUACAGCUACACGGUGAAUAACAUAGACCGCGUGAUUGAUCUCCUGGAGAGAAGUGGAUACGUCUUCAGCGACUACAGCGUAAAUGCGGGGGUUUUUUCAACGCAGGCGCAGAAGGGGCGCAGGGGAGGAAUCAUGCACGAGCUCAUGGAGAUGCAGGAGGAGAAGGAGAAGGAGAAGGAUACGAAGACGCGGGGAGAGCGCAUCCUGAAGAGUAUCCGAGAGAACAGCGGGAGUCUUGCAGUGAAGGCCCUCACUGUUGGCGGAAUCGCAGUUCUUGUCGUGUGCUUCGUAUAA